AUACGAGAAAAUAAAGUAAUAAUACCCAGAGUACGUAAAGUAGAAAAACAAAAUCCCUAACAAGAGCAGAGAAAAAUGGGUGGCUUCGGUGGACGCAAUGGAUGCACUUCUGUAGCUAUACUAUGUUGGUUUAUGAUGAUAUUUCUACUAUCCGGUCCAGGAAUGAUGGUGAAUGGGGAAGCAAAUGAUGAUGGCAUUUCUAAAAUGAGUCCAUUCGAAAAUCGUGAGUUGAUGUAUAAGAAAUAUGAGAGAGAAGGUGUUGUUAGUCAAGAAUGGGUGGACAACGUGGUUGAGUUUGUAGAGGUCGGGGAGAGUACUGAGGAUCAGGAGGACGGAGGUGGUGAUGACCACGACUCCAAGGACUGCGUUAGCGAUGGACAGAGUGGUGGGGCUCGAGAUGGCAAGGACCGCGAUCACGAGGACGAGGAGGGUAGAUAUCACGAGGGUUUUGGUCAUCAGGGUCAGUUCGUGUAUGUCAAUUCGGAUGACGAGGUUACAAUCACUAGCGCUGGUGCUGGUCUCAUCACACCGGCAUUCUACGAGAGGACGGACACAACUGGCAUGUCGUGGGGCAAAAAAAAUGCUAGAGUGGAUCCGUCAAUCGAUGAGGGCAGGCUGCGGAAAGCUUUUCUCAUGAAAGCUGCUGAACGGUACGCGAAUUUUACGUACAAUCAAAGGAACCCAAGUCGAUUGAAGAAGAAGAAGAUGGACCCGAGGCCAUUUGAGCAGUUGAAGAAGGUUUGGGAAGAGGAUCCGGAGUUUCUGGAGUUGAGUAAGAUUAAGAAGAAGAACAGAAGGAAGGGAAAAGAGGAUGGUCCUGCUCUUGGGACGUAUUGUGGAGGUUCAGUUCCAUUUUCUGAAAAUAUGAAUCGAUUGACUAAGAAGAAAGGGGGGCCUGUGUCGUUAGAUGAGGUUAUCAUCCACAUAAAGACAAAGAAGCACGACGACAAGACUUGGGUGGAUCCUGAACAUGCUGAGCUACAGGCUCAAUUCUUCGAAUUGCGCGAGGAAGCUAGACAGAAUGGGUUGCAAGUCACCGACGAAGAAAUAUGGUACUCGUUAGUUGAGGGCCAUAACGCGAAGAACCGCGUUCCUGGAGUUGGUGACUACGAGCGGGAAAUGAGGAAGAUGAAUCCGUCCUCCAAACCCCGCCUUCCAGCACGAGUAGUAGAAGCACAGCGAAGAUAUCAGCACUCAAAGAGCAAAACCAAAGGCUGCAGGAACAAAUUGAUAGUCUAACCUCGAACUUGUCGCUGACAAUUCAGGAG